AAGGGUGUAGCCGCCAUCCAUCCAUCGCAUGGAGCCGCUCCAAAGAACAAAUCGCACCGGGAAAAACAACAAAACAAGGUUUUUUGUGAAAUUCACCGACGGCGUGCUGGAGGUAAAGUGCGACAUGGGCGGCCACGAGUUCGAGUGCACGAUCGACAAGCAUCACAGAGUCCGAGCGACCCGCCUGCCACUGGCCAUCGCCUGGGCAGUAUGGGAAGACAUCGUGAGGUCAUCUCUGGAGGAAGCCCUGGCAAAGCUGCCGAAGCGACUCAAGGCGCACGUACUGCGCCGACAGCAGAUCGAAGACACCGAACGCAAGCAUGCGUCGAGCCUAGUCGGCCGCAAACUGCAGACCGCCGGCAGCUACACGUUCGUGAGGAUGGACCUAGCGCUCACCGUCGAAAUGUACAGCGGCGUUCUUCGGCUGGAACUGUGGUACGACGACUUCGCGGUGCAUCCUACACGUAUUGCCGUGCGGAGCAGGGGUGCGCCCGAGUUCAUGGACUUAGUCACAAAGAAAGUGGAGGACAUAAGAGAACUGAUGGAGAGUGUGCCUCUCGACAAAGCCUGCGACGUGUUGUGCUCGUAAUUAGCGGCGCACUCUUGCCCUGCCGUUUCUGAAGUGCGACACGCGCAACUGGAAUGAACCUUUCUGCGCAGCUGUCGUCGAUGGCAGUGAUUUCUUUUCCUGCAAUUUUUGUGCCCGCACUGCGCAAAUAUUGACUGCCGCAUCGCAGCCCGUGAACGUGCGUUGUCAUACCCGGCUAUUUCGGAUGCGAAAUGCGGUGCAGGUCGUCGGACGCCAAACAAGCACGGGGUCGGCGCACAGAACACGCAGCCACACACCGACAACCACGAUGACCUCCGACGUUGAUAGGACGAAUAAGUUUUAUGGAAAAUAUAUGCAGAUACUCGGCGGUAUUAACUCCAGCUGGGUGGAAACGUGUGUUCACUAAGAAUGUGAUUUCCUAAGUUAAAGUGAGAGAUUGUACCUGUGCGAACAGUGAAACGAGCAAAAUGACUAGACACUCAUAAACGCAACUAAUUAUUUCUGGUUUAGUUAAAUGUAGUUGGCAACACACAAAGUUAAAUUGGUUGCUUUUGUAUGAUAAAAUGCAGUGUAUAAGAUUAAUAUGAGAAUUUUAGGACUAUGAACCAACACCACUGAGAAAGGUUAACUAAAUAGCACUUGGUCAGUUAAAGUUGUGCAGGGUCGAGCAAGACAAAAGAACACCUUGGUAUUGGGCAUUCAUAGAAGCAGAUCCAACUUGCUCAAGUCAAUGAGAACACCGUGUGGUACAUGCUACUAUGUGGAACGAUUUCUGCUUUGUAUGUUCUAACUAAAAAGGAAUCAAGCCCCUCA